UUUUUCAAUGCAGUCGCAAUCAUUAUGUAUAUUUUCAGCAUGGAAACCAAUAUUUAAUAAGUUUAAUUAUUUUUCUUUUGUAUUGUUAAUCAAGUCUAAAUUAAUUGGAUGGCCUUACAAGUAAACCUUACCGUUCAACCUACAGUAAACUUUGGCUGGAUCAAGAAAAAUAGUUACAGUGUUUCCUGGUUAUGUGUUGAAGAUAGUCAAGUCGAUAACCGGUAAUAGGGUUAUAAUACACACACAAAAAAGAGAUCAUUAUGAAUGAAAUAAUUGUCCAUUUAAAGGAAAGAUUUAAAGGUGUUGGUUUUUGUCUAAUCAAUUGUAAACCAGUUUGUAUUAGUAUUACGCUUCUAUUACCAUUAACAUCACAAUUACGCUCAAAAGUACAAACACAACAACUACCAGUACCGCCAACACUAUCCGGACAUCACAGCUUCUAUUCUACUCAAUUGUUUGGUUGUUUCGUAUCUUUUUUUCAAUCUCAUCAUCGCCAUCACCUUCAAUAAAAUCAACGUCUACUAAUUAUGUUUUUUGUUUUCUUUAACGACGUUUCAUCCCAUCAUUUCAUUCCUCCCUUUCUGAUGAUGUGGCAAACCUCCUUAAACUCAAAUUUCUAUUUAUGCUAACCACUGGCCUCCUUUAAAGUUAGUGUCAUUACAACUAACAACUAGUCAAGUUAAGCCCAAAGCGAGAAAUCAUCUUUAUCUGUAACAAUCUGUUCCACUCUCUAUCUUCGCUCUCUUUCUCUCUCUCUUAUCACUCUCGCUCUUGUUUUCCCUUUAUCUUUCUCUCCCUCCCCUCUCUUACUCUCACAAUUACUCACACUUUUUAAUUUCUCAUUAUUCUACAAUUGGAUUAUUCACUCACUAUCCAUCUCCCGCUUCUUUUCUCUUUCAUUUUAAUCCGCCCAAUCAUCAACAUCAUCAUUCGUCAUCUUACCUGAUCAUUCAGCUCUCGAUAUUUCAUUCCCUCAUAACCGCCAUCAAUAUCAACAUCACCAGCGCAACCCUAUCUUUACCCUGCUCCUUUUACAACAUCAUCAUCUUGGAGAAGUAAACAUCUUAGAAAAAGUAGUCGUCAAAAGCGAGAACAGCGAGAAUUGUCUUAGAUCUAAUUCACCAGGAGAUGACAAUAUGUCGGACUUAAAUGUUAAAGAAAUCGCUUCUUUAUUGGAGAAACACGAACAAUCUCAUUUACUCCAGUUUUGGGACCAGUUGACAGAUGAGCAAAAAAUUCAGCUCUAUGAUGACAUAAAAUCAAUUGAUUUUGAUGAUGUCAUUUCUACAUUCCGUGAAUCAACUGAGGAUAAAUCAGCUAACAAACAAAUUGAAGAUGAUUUGUUGGAACCACCUGGAGAUUCGAUUCAUUCAGGUGUUCCUAAAUGUUCCCCGGACGAAUUGGAAAAACUUCGAGAGAGAGGUCUGCAAGAGAUAUCAGAAGGAAAUGUAGCUGUCUUGUUGAUGGCCGGUGGUCAAGGAACCAGACUUGGAGUUGAUUAUCCUAAAGGAAUGUACAGUGUUGGCCUGCCUUCUGGAAAAAGCUUAUAUCAAUUGCAAGGAGAACGAAUUCGUCGAGUAGAGGAAUUAGCUUCUCAAAAAUGGGGUAAAAAAUCAUCCAUACCCUGGUACAUAAUGACAAGUGAACAUACCAAAACAGCAACGGAAGAAUUUUUUGCUUCCAAUAAUUACUUUGGCCUUUCUCGCGAUAAUGUGAUUAUCUUUGAACAAGGGACUCUGCCUUGUUUUACCUUUGAUGGUAAGAUUAUUAUGGAUAAGCCUUACAAAAUUGCUCGUUCCCCUGAUGGUAAUGGUGGACUAUAUCGAUCCCUUGAUGAAACUGGCGUUCUUCUGGAUAUGGAUAAACGCGGUAUAAAAUAUACCCAUGUUUACGGUGUAGACAAUAUUCUUGUUAAAUUGGCUGAUCCUACUUUCAUUGGAUACUGUGUAACCAAGAAAGCAGCUGCCGGCGCUAAAGUAGUUGAAAAAUCUUCUCCAACUGAAGCUGUCGGAAUUAUCUGUAAGGUCCAAGGAAAAUUUAAGGUUGUCGAGUAUAGUGAAGUGUCCUCUGCUAUCGCCGAGAAACGAAACCCUGAUGGAUUAUUAACCUUCCGUUGUGGAAGCAUUUGUAACCACUUUUUCACUGUUGAGUUUCUCAAAGAAGUUUCCAGGAAAAAACUUACUCAUCAUGUUGCUCGUAAAAAGAUUCCUUACAUAAAUUCAGAAGGAGUUGUUAUCAGACCAGAUAAGCCAAAUGGUAUCAAACUGGAAAAAUUUGUCUUCGAUGUAUUCGAAUUCACUCAAGAUUUAGCCAUUUGGGAAGUUAUAAGGGACGAAGAGUUUUCGCCCUUAAAAAACAAUGAAUCGGCUUCAACUGAUAAUGCCAAGACUGCUCGGGAAUCAAUUUACAAUUUGCAUAAAAAGUAUUGUCAAAAGGCUGGUGGUAUAAUUGCUGUAGAUGAUGGUGACCAAUGUGAUAACAAUCAAACCUUUAUCUGUGAAAUCUCUCCCCUUGUCAGUUACGGAGGUGAAAAUCUUGAACCUUAUGUCAAAGGAAAGACGCUUAAAUCACCAUUGAUCAUUGAAAAGGAUAAUAAACUGUCAUCCAUUACAAUUGUUAACACUUUUACACAAUAUUAUAACAAAGGUGAAAUACAUUCACCCGUGUUACAACAAUGCAUUUUAUAAACAACAAAUAUUAUUAUUCCUUAUAAUUAUUAAACAAGUAUCAAUUAUUUUAUGUAAAAA